AUGAAAGGCUAUGUGACCAUUUGUGCUACCUCUGCGAAGCGAACGGAGCAGAAACGCCCAGUUGUCAUGGUACAGAUUGUCACAAGAAAGCGUCUGGCGUUCAUGCCGGGGUCCUGGAGCGUAAAUCAGCAUGCGUAA